AUGGCAACGAUACCGAACGGAGAUCUGAACAAUACCUCGGCCGAACGUGCACGAACUGAACUCGACAUCGAUCCCGCGUAUCAAGGUCGCUCAUUGGCGAUACCACCUUCUGAAGACGAUGUGGAAAUUCGAAAGGCUUACCGGCCAUUCAUACUUGAGGGGAAAGAUGCCGAGGACGAUUGGGUGGCUCAAUUAGAACUCAGCACUGCACUGAAGAUGGUGGACACACAAUUGCUCCAACGCGGAGAUGAGAGGCUUAAGGUGGUAGUCCUGCACGGAAGCAUGCGAUCAAGAUCUUACUCGCGCUUGCUGUCGUACGAGGCGAGUCGAAUACUUUUCCGCCUUGGCUGCGACGUUCGCAUGUACGACCCCACUGGCCUGCCUGUCAAGGACGAUGUACAACACACACAUCCCAAAGUGCAAGAGUUACGCGAACUGAGUAAGUGGAGCGAUGGGCAUAUAUGGAUAUGUCCUGAGCAGCAUGGGACUCUCACGGCCGUUUUCAAGAACCAGAUCGACUGGAUACCACUGUCAACCGGCUCUGUUCGUCCGACCCAGGGCCGUACCCUCGGAAUCGCACAAGUGAACGGCGGUUCGCAGUCCUUCAACACGGUCAACGCCCUGCGAAUACUUGGUCGAUGGAUGCGCAUGUUCGUCAUACCGAACCAGAGCUCCAUACCCAUGGCAUAUAAGCAGUUCACAGAGGAGGAUGCCGGCAGCAGGCUGAUGCCCAGCGGAAACAGGGAUCGACUUGUCGACUGCAUGGAGGAGUUCGUCAAAUACACCAUUGUGAUGCGCCCUCAUUUCGAUCUCUUCGGCGACAGGUUCAGUGAGAGAGAAGAGAAGCGGGCGAAACAAGCGAAGGAAGCUAAUAAGCCAGCCCCAGACACGCAGCAUGCGGCCUUGUCAACCAAUGCGGGGCCUUCGAAUUAA